GGAAGAAAUUGCGUCUUUGGUGAACGACUGACGUCAAGCCGGAAUCAAAAUGAUCAACUGGAAGGCCCUAGACAACGUGCCGCUGCUCUUCUACAUCCUGGCAGCCAAGACCCUGCUGCUGUGCCUGGGAUUCGCCGCUGUGAAGAUGUACCAGAGCAAGAAGGCCGAGGAGGCGCUGAAGAGGCAGAUGGAGAUGAAGAGGCGGCUCGCUCAGCAGACCCAGCAGCUCAUAGAUGGCAAGAAGGAGGACUGAGCCGCCGGGGGGGACAGGAGUGGCAAUCAAUUGCAUAAGAGGAGGCGUGUCCUCUCUGCGGAUGGUGAAAACGUGAUUGGCUAGCCCCGGAGGAUAUUCCCCUGAUGGACAUCUCUGGCCAGGAUCACGUGUGCCAGGAGUCAAAAG